CUUCAAUUAUCGAAUUUCCUACGCUUGCACGGUUGGCACGGUGGAGGGAAAAUGGUCGCCGAUCAAGUAGAUACAGAGAUUGGCGUGUCAUCGGAGAAUCUCUCCAACAACCAUGGCGUCUAUAUUUACCGACCAGCAGACCUGGGAAAAUCCCACGGCGAACGGCCUUCGAAACGGCGAAAGGUAGUUCAGGAGGUUAGGGGGCCAUCAAAGGAUCUAUGUCCUUUCGUACCACUUUUGAACGGCGAUGAAGUCGAAAAAUCCGUCCAGCUGAGGUACCAAACAUAUCAGCAAUUGUGGUCUGCUCAGGAGGCAAAGAUCAAGGAAGUCCUAGAUGAUGUUGAUGCCGGGGUUCUAGAGAAUGUUUCAUCCUUCGUCAAGUCAACCUCCUCUGAGACAUUCGGCGGUUGCAUACCUGCGGCCCUUAUUACUGUGGGAUCCAAUGUGUCCUCCCUAGCCAGACUGUUGGCCAGGCUCAAUGACCAAUUGAAAUUGGCGGGAGAGGGGGUUGUAAUCGUGUUAGAAUCCGGCGACGCCCCUAACCUCAAGACAACGUUAAAGAAUAUCAUUCGCGCUGCUAUCAUAAAUACAGAGGGAAAUGACGGCUAUCAAAGUUUCCUGAAUGAUCGGGAGGGCCCAAGACUUCUCGGAUACGAUCUGGACCUGUUGGGAGACUAUGUUACGAAGAAAGAUAUCAAAAAUCUUGUUCUCGCUUUUCGAGAUAGCGAAGCCUUUGAUCCCGGAAUUCUAACAGAUCUCUUCUUCCUGCUCAGCUCUUGGAUAGAUCGAAUACCCUUCACUCUAUUGUUUGGAAUUUCGACAUCUGUCGAGCUUUUUGAAGGGAGACUACCAAGAUCAAGUGUUGCGCUGCUCAAAGGGAGAUAUUUUGAAAUCCAUGAAGCAAGUAAUUGCGUCGAUCGCAUAUACGAGAGGAUACAGGCAGAAGAUGGGAAAUUCUGGUUGGGUCGGAAUAUUACCGGCAUUUUGUUUGAGAAAUCGAACGAUUAUUUCCAGACCCCAGAGUCUUUUGCUCGAACAGUGAAGUAUGCUUAUAUGUCUCAUUUUUUCGCCAACCCCCUCUCUGUUCUUCUUGCAAACGACUUCCCUUCAGAGCUACAGCAGCAAAGCAACCUCUGUGAGGCAAUCCGAAAUCUACCAUCAUUCCAAGAACACUGCGAAAUUUUAAUGGAAGAAGGCUCUACUAAGCUGGUGCGAAGCUUACUAGAGGAUGAUUCAUUCCUAUUUCAGCAUACACUUCAGAUUCUCAGAUCUGGACAGCAAUCGAUGUGCGACAUGUUUCAAGCCGUGAAAUUUCUACAUGUGCUCUUCGAUGAGCUCAAUGUGACGAAAAGGACGAAUGUGUCUGAAUUAUGUAUCCGCGCCUUGUCAGGAGAAUUGCAAGAUUCGCCCAUGGUCGAUGAUAUUCUCACGGCAUUCAAACCGCUCGAUUCUACCAAGGUUGGAGAUUUGCUUACGCAAAUUCCUGAAUCGGUUUUGAAACGCCCGGAAUUCCAGAAACUUCAAACAGACUUGACAGCUCUUACUCAGGCUCAUAAGGGUCCAGAGCCCCUGCGCAGUGAAUAUGAUAGUCAAAACUCUGUUAUGGGCACAACUAUUGUACAGCAACGAGUCAAACUCAACAAGGGAAAGGCAAAACUGCCCGAAGAGUGUAUCAAAUACACAAAAGUUAUGGACCGUUUGCACGCUCUAUUAAAGUCUUACUUCAGCGAAACCUUGCUGACGCCGCAGGAGCUCCCUAUGCAUGAAGUUUUCCUUCUUGAUAUGAGGAAUCCUCUCAAGGAAAUUUUCUCCCCGCGCCCCCGAUUUGCGAUUGAGCGGGCUUUAUCAAACCCAUUUGACUAUUUGAUGUCAACAUCGCAGGCGGCGGAAGGUAAAAUUUCCACAGCGCAGCCCGCGACAGCGAUCUUGUAUCAACUCUACCUUGAGUCAAGUGCGCUUGUGAAUGUCCACGACCUCUGGCAAGCUUUCCGUGCUGUAUUUGAAAGUGAACAAGGUGACAGUUGUGAUGAACGAAUGACCAUGACAUUAUUCUAUAGAGCGGUGUCUGAGCUCAGAGCACUUGGGAUGCUCAAAACCAGCCGGAAAAAGGUGGAUCACGCAGCAAAAUCAGCGUGGAUGGGACUGUGAAACCACAUGUAACGUACAUUAAUACAUUGGAAACAAAGAUUGACAUGAUGAACAUAAACAGC